CGGCUUUGCCCCGUGACGCCGGCCUACAGGAAGAGGAAUUAUUUAUUUAUUUUGCGGCAACGGAAGUCGGGAUGAAUUUGGGCCCUCCGCGCUCGCCGUAGUGCGGCCUGUACUAAGCCCCUCUCUGCGCGGGGGGGGGGCGAGUCCUCGCCCUGCCCGUUCCCUCUCGCUCCGGCCGCUGUCGGGGGGAGCCUGGCGGGCGAUUAACACUAAAGCCCCACGAUGUCCCUGAAACCACGAGUAGUGGACUUUGAUGAAACAUGGAAUAAACUUUUAACAACAAUUAAAGCUGUUGUUAUGUUGGAUUACGUUGAAAGAGCAACGUGGAAUGACCGUUUUUCAGACAUUUAUGCUUUGUGUGUGGCAUAUCCUGAACCUCUUGGAGAGAGACUUUAUACCGAAACAAAAAUUUUUUUGGAAAACCAUGUACACCUUUUGCACAAGAGAGUUUUGGACUCUGAAGAACAAGUACUGGUUAUGUAUCAUAGAUACUGGGAAGAAUAUAGUCAAGGAGCAGACUACAUGGACUGUUUAUACAGGUAUCUCAACACACAGUUUAUUAAGAAGAACAAAUUGACUGAAGCUGAUCUUCAGUAUGGCUAUGGAGGUGUGGAUAUGAAUGAACCACUGAUGGAAAUAGGAGAGCUAGCACUUGAUAUGUGGAGGAAAUUAAUGAUUGAGCCGCUACAGGCCAUCCUCAUUCGAAUGCUCCUCCGAGAAAUCAAAAAUGAUCGCUGUGGAGAAGACCCAAACCAGAAAGUAAUCCAUGGGGUUAUUAACUCCUUUGUUCAUGUUGAACAGUAUAAGAAAAAAUUCCCCCUAAAGUUUUAUCAGGAAAUUUUUGAGUGUCCUUUUCUGAAUGAAACAGGGGAGUAUUAUAAACAAGAGGCUUCAAAUUUAUUGCAGGAGUCCAACUGUUCACAGUACAUGGAAAAGGUUUUAGGCAGAUUAAAAGAUGAAGAAAUGCGAUGUCGGAAAUACUUACAUCCCAGCUCAUAUGGCAAAGUGAUACAUGAAUGCCAACAGCGAAUGGUGGCAGAUCACUUGCAGUUUCUACAUGCAGAAUGUCAUAAUAUCAUCAGACAAGAGAAAAGAAGUGACAUGGCAAAUAUGUACACCCUUCUUCGAGCUGUGUCAAGUGGUUUACCUCAUAUGAUUCAGGAACUACAAAACCAUAUCCAUGAUGAGGGCCUUAGAGCAACCAGCAAUCUUUCUCAGGAAAAUAUGCCAACUCAGUUUGUGGAGUCAGUUUUGGAAGUACACAGUAAAUUUGUUCAGCUCAUCAACACUGUUCUGAAUGGUGAUCAACAUUUUAUGAGUGCCCUUGAUAAGGCUCUGACAUCUGUAGUAAAUUAUAGAGAACCCAAGUCAAUCUGCAAAGCACCUGAGCUGGUUUUGGGUUUGUUCUCUUUUUUUUUACUUGAGCUGGCCAAGUACUGUGACAACCUGCUGAAGAAAUCGGCAAAAGGAAUGACAGAGAAUGAAGUGGAAGACAAACUUACAAGCUUCAUUACUGUUUUCAAAUACAUUGAUGACAAAGACGUAUUUCAAAAGUUCUAUGCCAGAAUGUUGGCAAAACGAUUAAUUCAUGGUCUGUCUAUGUCUAUGGACUCUGAAGAAGCCAUGAUUAAUAAACUAAAGCAAGCCUGUGGUUAUGAGUUUACCAGCAAGCUCCAUCGAAUGUAUACAGACAUGAGUGUUAGCGCUGACCUCAACAAUAAAUUCAACAACUUUAUUAAAAACCAGGACACCAUUAUAGAUUUGGGAAUUAGUUUUCAGAUAUAUGUUCUACAGGCUGGUGCAUGGCCUCUAACUCAGGCUCCUUCAUCUACAUUUGCAAUUCCUCAGGAACUGGAAAAAAGUGUACAGAUGUUUGAAUUAUUUUACAGUCAGCAUUUCAGUGGGAGAAAGCUUACUUGGUUACAUUAUCUUUGUACAGGUGAAGUUAAAAUGAACUAUUUGUGCAAACCAUAUGUAGCCAUGGUUACAACAUACCAAAUGGCAGUACUACUUGCCUUCAACAACAGUGAAACUGUCAGUUACAAAGAGCUUCAGGAUAGCACACAAAUGAAUGAGAAGGAACUGACAAAAACCAUCAAAUCGUUACUUGAUGUCAAAAUGAUCAACCACGAUUCAGAUAAGGAAGAUAUAGAGGCAGAGUCUACAUUUUCAUUAAAUAUGAACUUCAGCAGUAAACGAACAAAAUUUAAAAUUACCACAUCAAUGCAAAAAGACACACCACAGGAGAUGGAGCAGACCAGAAGUGCUGUAGAUGAAGACAGGAAAAUGUACCUUCAAGCUGCUAUAGUCCGAAUCAUGAAAGCACGUAAAGUGCUGCGACAUAAUGCUCUUAUUCAGGAGGUAAUUAGCCAAUCAAGAGCUAGGUUUAAUCCAAGUAUCAGCAUGAUUAAGAAGUGCAUUGAAGUUCUGAUAGACAAACAGUACAUUGAACGAAGCCAAGCCUCAGCAGAUGAAUACAGUUACGUAGCAUGAUGUUGCUAUCCGGCAGGUGUGAUUGUAAGGAGAUCAUUGCUGUCACUGUUUGGUGUGUUCCUGUGGGAAGAGGCAGGCCUGUGCCUCCAUAAUUGGUCACUUGGCAGCCCCUGUUUUUCUGCUGUUUACAACAUCACCAGUGCCACGUCAUGAGCGUCAAUGAAAAUGCCUAUAGAUAUUUCAAGCUCAUGUCAUUAUGACAUUUCUUAAAACUUUACUAAAAGAAUGAGUGAAGUAUUGAUGAAAUGUGGAAAUUUGGUUGGGUACCAUGCUUUUUUUUCCCCACCCCUCCCUUCACAUUUGCAGUUGAUGUUUUUUAAUGUAUCUUAAAAGACAAAGUUAAAAAAACCCUAAAUAUUGUAAUAUGACAGAUAACCUAAUAAUUGUAUCUACAUUAAAAUGUAAAAAAAUGAUGAUGAACAUGAUACUGCUGCUUGUCAAAUAAAAAAAUAAAGAAAUGGAAUGCA